AUGCUUGGCUUCAUUUCUCCCAAGCUAGCUCCUUCGUAUAUUCCCAAAUUUAGAAGUGCAAUUCUUAGAAACGAAUUUGGAAGCGUCUUCGCUUCUCGGUUUGGAGCUUCAUUUAGAGAAUAUAGUUCCAAAAAGGUCAAAAAGUACACAAAAGAACAUGAAUGGAUUCAUGUUGAACGGGACUUAGGAACUAUUGGUAUCACACAUUAUGCGCAAAAUGCGCUUGGUGAUGUAGUUUUUGUCGAAGUACCUGAAGUUGGUACUGUUGUUGAACAGUCUGGAACUUGUGGCGCUUUAGAAAGUGUUAAAGCGGCCAGUGAUAUUUAUGCUCCUGUAAGUGGAAAAAUUAUUGAAGUUAAUCAAAACUUAGAAAAAUCUCCUGGGUUAAUAAACAAAAGUCCUGAAGCUGAUGGUUGGUUAUGUAAAAUUCAGCUUUCAAAGCUAUCUGAAUUGGAUAAUUUAAUGGAAGAGCAUGAAUAUCAUAAGCAUUGUGAAGAAUCAGAAUCGCACUAG